ACUUGGUUUUUGCACUUUCGUCCUGUUAUCUAUAUAUAUCCCUUUUUAUCCAAAGCCAAUAUCAACUGAUAGCUUGUAACCAUGUCGGCCUUUGUAGGAAAGUAUGCAGAGGAGCUUAUCAAGAAUGCGAGGUACAUUGCCACACCUGGCAAGGGAAUUUUGGCAGCUGAUGAGAGCACUGGCACCAUUGGCAAGCGUCUAGCUAGCAUUAACGUGGAGAACAUUGAGUCGAACCGCCAAGCUCUUCGCGAGCUCCUCUUCACUUCUCCCAAUGCCCUCCCCUACCUCUCUGGUGUCAUCCUCUUUGAGGAGACCCUUUACCAAAAGGCUUCAGAUGGUAAGCCUUUUGUUGAAGUCCUUCAAGAAAACAAUGUCAUUCCUGGCAUCAAAGUUGACAAGGGCACGGUUGAGUUAGCUGGUACAAAUGGUGAAACCACCACACAAGGCUUGGACUCACUUGGUGCAAGGUGCCAGCAGUACUACAAGGCCGGUGCACGCUUUGCCAAGUGGCGUGCCGUGCUCAAGAUUGGUCCUAAUGAGCCAUCUGAAUUGUCAAUCCAACAAAAUGCUCAAGGCUUGGCUCGCUAUGCAAUCAUUUGUCAGGAGAAUGGACUGGUGCCAAUUGUUGAGCCUGAGAUUUUAACUGAUGGUGCUCAUGACAUUAAGAAAUGUGCUGCUGCCACUGAGAUUGUGCUUGCGGCAGUGUACAAGGCACUGAAUGAUCAGCAUGUUCUUCUUGAAGGCACCCUGCUAAAGCCCAACAUGGUUACACCAGGCUCUGAUAGCCCAAAGGUAACACCUGAGGUGAUAGCUGAGUACACAGUCACAGCACUCCGCCGAACUGUCCCGGCUGCAGUGCCAGGGAUUGUGUUCUUGUCUGGUGGGCAAAGUGAGGAAGAGGCAACACUCAAUCUUAAUGCAAUGAACAGGUUGGAGGUGCUGAAGCCAUGGACUCUUUCUUUCUCAUUUGGGCGAGCUUUGCAACAAAGCACACUCAAGACAUGGGCUGGAAAGAAGGAGAACGUUGGGAAAGCUCAACAGGUGUUCUUGGUGAGGUGCAAGGCUAAUUCUGAGGCCACUCUUGGAAAGUAUUCUGGUGGAGGUGCUGGUGGUUUGGCUUCUGAGAGUUUGUUUGUCAAGGGUUACAAGUACUAGGCCUUUAAUUUCUAGAGUGGCAACUAUCAUAUAUCUAAUGCAAUUGUACCUUCCUUCUUUACCUGCUUAGUUUUGGUACAUAUUCUACAAUGGGUGGCAUAUUAUCGAUGCUUAAAUAUUGUACUGUUAACUUCCCAAGUCCUGAGUUUGCCUCUCUUGUCUCACUAAGAACCUAGCCUUUUGCCAUUAGAAAUUCCAAAAUUGUGACUAAGAGGGUCUAAGAUGAACAAUUAAGAAACCCAAGAGGGCCAAGCCUUUAUCUUAGCCCAUCAAAAAAUGUGUAUUGCUAAUUCAAAGAUCCUUUCAAGAAAUUCAAUUUCACUACCCAAUGUUUUUCU